AUAUCCUAGUUGUCACAGAAAAAAAAAAAUUAAGGUUUAGGGUUUUGGAAAUCGUCUUCUAGAAUGAUUCGCGUUAGACUUCUUUUAUCUCAUUCUCAUCGCAUUAACCCGGUGCUACCAAAUACAUCAAUUCGUGUCUCAGCAUCACUGUCAAGAUACCACAAUUAUGAAAGAGAUCCAUCUUCUUCUUCUCUAGUCAAGAGAAAGGGAAUUGCCGGGGUCACCGACGCGGAUUUUCAAAAAGGGUUUGAAAAUUGGUGCAAGAAUCAUGAAGCAACAUUCUCCUCAGAGGAAGAUAAACAAAGCACGUUCAACUGGUUCCGUAAAACUUAUAUCUACGGUCGUGAAUUUCCUUGUGGUGCUGCCCCUCCCGUGCAUCGCAAAGAUAUCAUAGAUUGCCUUCGGAGAUAUGGAGACAGUAAAGUGAUGUAUGAGUUUUUGUUGGAAAGAUCGAGGCAACCUGUCUAUCCUCCCUAUCCGGCCAACUACAAUAUAGAUGACCCUUCUGUCAUGGCUGAACUCGAUGAACUUGAGGAAGUUACUAAAUGUAACUGUCCUGACUGUUGCACUGGCCGCGACCUCGGGCAAUAUUGAACGCGGCGCCAGGUUGUUGUCUAACAAUGGAGACCCUACAAUAACGAAGAUAUAAACCAUCUUGGGCAAUGGCAACAUUGUUAUCUUGCGGAGGUUAUAUAGGCUAUGCAUCUUUUAGUGGAUCAAUGAGCUAGCACUGACUUUUAGUUUAUGAAUUUAUUUAUAUGUAAUGGUAGUGUGGAGAAAUAGCUGUUCUGGUCUAUUUUAGACUUUUUAGAAUAUUUAAGAACUUAUUGUUGAAUCAUUUACCUAUUAAUUAUCAAAGUUGUUUGUAUA